AUAAAUUAAUCAAUAAUUACGCAUUGAUAAUUGCAAUAAUACUCAGUAGAGAGAGAAAUUUUUUAUUACUGAUGACAGCCCUGCAUUCGGUUUGGCAAAGCGGACAUCUUUCUUUCGUCUUGGCAUUUCUUGGCAUUGUUGAACCGGCGUUAGUUAGUUUAGGUUGUUCUUCGUUUCUUGUUGGGUGCAAAACACUUCAAGUUAGCUUCCACAAUGGGUGAAAAUACAGUUAAUGGUGACGCUAAAACUGAAGCUGCUACUAAUGACAAGACUGAGAUUAAAUCAUCAGAAGGAGAUGCAGUUCCAGAAAAUAAAGAUGCUGAAGUGCAAGAGUCGGCUGGACAAAAUGAGGAAGAAGCUGGUGAUGAAACUGCUACCAAGCAAGGGGCAGGAGAUGAAGUCGGUGAUGGGGAUGAAAAAGAUGCCGAUCACGAUGAGCAAGAUGAAGAAGACGAUGAACUCGGAGAAGAUUCUAAAGGAUACAAGAUGUCCUUUAAAUCUAGCUUGUACAUCAAAAUCAUGGGAUUUAAGAGGCUCCCUUCAAUGGCUGAAGAGUUGAAAUUGUAUUAUAAGUUUUUUGUUGAAACACUUGGUGUGAGUCCUCCGUUGGUUCAGAUCCCCGGGCCGGAUGACGUCUCUGUCUUUUUCCAGUUGAAAUCAGUUGAAGAUCGUCAAAAAGUAUUUUCUCAAAUGAAAGGGAAAGUUUACAUAUGGAAGGAAUAUAAACUUGGAGUCAAGAGGGUUGUUUUAAAGUCUUUAAGUGACAAGAAAGAGUUUGGAAAGUUGCCACUCGACGAGGCUAUCAAAAUUUUGUACCCCUACAAAGAACUUCCUUAUUCCCAACAGCUGAAGAAAAAGAGUGCCAUUGCUAAAAAUGCAGCUGAUCUUGUCUUACCUAAAGAAAGCCUUAGUAAGUCAUUGAAAACUAAAAAGAAUAUGAGAAGCUUCAGGAUUAGAGAAAUUGUGCCGAUGAUUCCCGUUGAAGGUUAUGAUUACUACGCUUCUUUUAGCAUUGAGGAAGAUCCAGACACUAAAGAAAUUCUUGUCGGACUGAGAGCAAUGUCCGAAGACAGGGAAAAAACUGCAAUUGUUCCAUUAGAUCUGUGCCUUAGUAUUCCUCGUCAAAUGGCCAUCGUUGUAAAGAGUUUUGUAGACAGCUUGCCUGAAAUAGGUUUUCACCCUUACAAUCCCAAGACAAGGGAAGGAGAUAUCCUAGGUGUUACAUUAAAGAUGACAUUAUCCGGACGUUUCAUCUUGACUGUCAUUAUACCAAAACUUGAAACAUUACAUUUCAAACAGCUUACGGAAGAUGGCGUCGAAAGGGAAGAGGGAGAUGAGACUUUCACAAUGGAAGGUGUAGUAACAGAAGAAAAGCCUUCCGAACCUGAGACUGAAAAACCUAAAGAGGCGCCAGUUGAAGAAAAACCUGCUGCUGAAGAAAAGAAACCCGAAGAGGGUGCAGAAAGUACGAACAACGAAGAGGCCAAAACUAAAGAAGGAGACGAAGAAAAGACAAAUGAAGAUAAUAAUAGCGAAGCAAAAGAGAACAAUGCCAAUUCUCAAGUGUUUAGAAUUGAAGAAACUUACUCGUACAUGACCAAGAAGAAGAUGGAGGAAGCUAAGGAGAAAAUUGAGAAAUAUUUUGAUAAAAAUGGAAAAGAGCUUAGCAUCGAUUCUGUUUACCUGAGCAUGGUUUACGCUGGCUACCUAUCCAGCAUGCUGACUGGUAAGGAUGACACCUCGCCCGCUGCAAAUCACAUACUUGGUCUGGCCUAUGUCCCAGACAACUAUAAUGGCCUUAUCCUUCGUGUUACUUGGGAAAGGGACUCCUAUGUUAAGUCCCUCCGGUCAAUCCUCGGUCUUAUAGAAGCACAGGGCAAGAUAAAUUCUUCUUCAAGAGUCUACCUCAUCUCUCCAUACAGGCUUGUUGGCCUCUACUUAGCCAAGAAAUGUGCUCACGUUACUAUGGUGUACUAUUGGAGUAGAGAUAACAUGAACGAGCUGCAAUCAUGGGCCAAGUCCGUUGGUGUUAAUAAUAUUGAAUUUAUUAAUGCGAAACUUCAGCCAAAGAGGAUGUUCCCACCAGACAAUGCGGUCACCAUUGUUUGGCAGUCCACAAAACCAUCGCUUGUACACAGAUUUUUAGUUUCUGGUAUAACGAACUUCAUUUUCGUUUCUUAUUGGAUCAAGGAUCCGACCCAUUCUUAUGUGAAACAGCACGAAAAACAAUUUGAAACAGUUUUAAAUAAGUUGAGGAUUUCAUAUUUAUAUCCGAUUGAUAUUGCUCCUUAUACUGAGAGGUACGGUAUGGUGGUCUUCUUUAACGGGCGCAGCGGAACAGCUCCAAGCGGCAGCGGAAUAGCCAAUAGGCUUGGUUAUCCCAACAGACCUCCAGCACUGAUCGGCGGCGGCGGCGGAAAGUCCGGCCCGAAGGGUGGAAAACCUCCAAGCCUAAUGAACAAGCGUAUUCCACCUAGGUCGCUCACUGACAGGAUGGACAGGGGCAGGUCUGGUAGCUCUUGGGGCCCUGACCCGUGGGCGGGCGGCUCGCAGGACAUGCAGCCUGGAGUGGACAGCACCCUAGCUCAGUUGGAUCAGGUAGCUUCAGGAGUGAUGCAGAACUUGCAGGCCGUUUCGCAGCAGAUGCAGGCCGUACUUCCUUCACUUAUGCAGUCCCAAAUGGUCAGCCCUCCGAACCAUUCUGGUGGUUCAUGGGGAAAUAAAAGGAGAUAUGAUGAUUAUGAUAAUGAUAGCUACGAUCGCCAAUGGGGAGGACCAAGCAAAAGAAGGAAAGAGGGUCCAGGAAACAGAAAUAACUGGUGGAGGAAGGCGGGGAGACGUGAGCCUUACUAAUCAGGCGUGGGGCGAGCACAACACGUCGAUGUCCGGCUACGAGAGGCGAAGGUACCUUGCAGAACCGCCAGAAUGGACUGAUUCAAUACGACAAGUUAUCACCUACAAUAGACCGUCAAACAAUUCUUCCAGUCGGAGAUCCAGGCACAGCAACUAUUAGAUUACCGAUCUUGCAACUUCUCCUUAAGGCCUCUCUUCUAUUAUUCAACUUAACCUCUAUCUUUAAUCUAAUGUCUUCUGUCUUAAUUUUUCAUUUUGAUGUUUUUUCGUAACUUGUCGUAAUUGAUUAUUUUAACAUAUUUUCAAUUUUUCGUAGUCGCUUAUCCGUAUCGUAAGUGUCCCCUCGAAUUGUCCCGAAUCCUUUUGACAUAUUAAAUUACUAUUAGUAUUAAGACAACUUAGAAUGAUAUUGACCUUUUUUGGUGUGAUUUGUUCUAUUCUGUUUGACUUAAAAUAAUUGCUAUGUGAACAAACACUCUCCCUUUAGUCUUUUUUAUAUAUUUUGACUUAAAUCAUUUUUACUAAACAAAAUGAAAUCUUUAGUUAUUUCAAGUGCAAAUUAGAUUGAUGUAUUCAAUUAAGUUAUUUAUGUGAAUUAUAUGUAUAUUAUAUAUAUUAAACUUUAUGUUGUAAUUAAUUUGAAGAUUUUUAUUUUUUUUUUUAUGUAUAGUUUUUGUGUAGUAUGUGAACCAAAUCAUAUUCUAUUACCUAGAUACGUGUAAUUGAUUUUGUUAUAUCAUAAUAUACUUUAUAAAUUUCCUAAGUUAGAUUUUAU